UAAUUACCUUUGAUAUUUUAUUUCACUCAUUUAAGUAUUUUAUUUGCUUUCUCAAUUAUCAAAAUAUCCAAUUCCCCUUUCCGUUUACUUUUAUUUAUUACGCUUACACAUACGCGAAAAGCUCCUUUCCCUGUGGAUACGAACUUUACUACGCUAUACUACGGUAUUAGCUCUUAGUAGUGAAUUUAAUUUGAGGCACACUACGACAAAGUGCUCGUCAGUACUCUCGUCGCAUUUAUUGCUACUAUAAAUAGCACCCCCUUUCCCCAUUGUAAAGGACCAGAACAUCUCGAGUUCAUUAAUAUAAUCGCCUCUCUCUCCUACUUGUUUGUUCUGACUUCUCUCUAAGUUCUUCCCGCAAUAACCCCUCGGAUAAGCUACCCCGGGCAUACUGUCCAUCAUUUGGUGCUCUCGUUGAGAGGUUGAACACAAUCAAGUGAGAAAACCUCCCCGCGUAACCAAAAACACUACCAAAAUCACCAAAAUCAUUCUGGAAAAUGAAAAAGCAUCAAAGAAAAAGAAGGGAGUCCCGAUCUAGAACUUUUCCCGUGCGACCCGAACUCCAGCAGAGUCAGUUAACCCAUAGGAGUUGUCAUGGCCAUUGCGAAGCUUGCUCACCUGGACGCAGCACCUGAAGUUCGCUGCUUUGUGCCUUUGUUGUAGCUCUUGUCCGUUAGCGGUUCAGCACAGGAAAGCCGCUGCAAACCUACAACCUAGAAAGCUUGUGAACCUCUGCCAGCCAUCAAUGGCGAGUACGGAUCUAGCAAAAAACAGUGUCAAAAGGGAGAAAAGAAUGGAAUCCGAGUUCGGUGCAGUGCGAGCCGUAGGAACCACCCAUCAAUUGUACGUGCCAUGGCUGCAGACCUCAUCCUCACCGCCUGAAGCUCACCCGCCAGCCGCAGUUUCCGAACUGGGAUCUGGAACUUCUAAAUCUGGAAAAGGUAAGCUUGCUAGCUCAGCUCCUCGGCCAGACCUUACCGUACAACGACGGCACCAGCAGCUCGAUCCGGCCGCCACAGUCUGCUCUAACUCGCACUGCUAUGCUUGAUAGACGGCCUAGUCAUUCUAGUGAUUAAACGGGGGGCUCUUCAGCUGCACAGGCUGUGUCGCACAGCUGUUGUUCCGGUGAACCACCCUCCACUCUCCGGUGACGACGACCAGAGAUGUUACCAAGCGCCCAGCGGUCUGAGCAAAUGACAUCCGAGCACGAGAACCGACAGUGCUCGACGAUGGAAGGGGUCGGGUCAGCGGUCAAUCCUCGCCCUCACCCCUCCGACAGCAACUGUGCUUGCGAUACAUCUCCCUUCUUCUGACCGACGGCCACCAUCUAUCACUCUUACCUCCAUUUCCAGCGGAAGUAGAGGCGGAGUGCAUCACAGCUCUCUGUAUGUCGUCAAAGGCCAACAAAGCCCCUAUUUCUUCCACACCUAACGCCAGCUGCGGGAAUAAGUGUAGGCCAGACUAAUCAAGGGGGGCCUGCCAAGAUUGGUGCCAACUGAUGCAGGGCAGCAGUGGGCCAUGCCACACAUGACCUUGCUAGACACUACAAUAAAAUUGACUUGUAGAGACAUCACAUAAUUGCCUCUAAUAAUAAGAAAAUAGCCCCUAAAGGUUUUUGGAGGCAAUUUAAUGGUUGCCAACAAAAAUUCGGUCGCUAAAUGGUGUUUGCCUCUAAAAAACCCCUUUAGAGGCAACAAAUGAUGUGAUUCUAAAAAGCCAUAUUUAGAGGCAACCAUAUCCUUUCACCUCAAAAUGUCAUUUGAGGCAACCAUGUAUGUUGUCUUAUAAUGCAAUUAGAGUCAACCAUAUUUAAUGACUCAAAAAGUUUUUAGAGGCUAUAUUACAUUUUGCUAUAAAUAAUAUUACGAGACAACUUUUAGUAUUGUUGUGGAUUGUUUUUGGAGGCAGACAU